GGCAACCUUUUGGAACGCACGGAACGAUGGCUGCAGCUCGUUCAGGUGACCCGGAUGUUCGACAUGCUGCCAUUCUAGAUGAGCUCCGGCCCGAGUUUCCAGAUGUGGUGGCUUUGGAUGCGAAAGCGGCCGAGUGCAUCGCUGCUGGACAUGUCCUUCCUGGUCUUGUGUGUUGGGAGCGUGCGCUCUUCCUGCGGCAGCAUUACUUGGGCUACGAAAGCGCCGAAGUGUGGGCGCAAGCUCGAGCUAUGUGCCAGUUCUGCGCGUCGGCAGCUGGGGAUGCACUGCGCCGCAGCGACUUGGACACAGCUCGACGUCUCCUGUCGAAGGCCGACGCAUUGUCGACGCAAGACGACGUGUUAGCCAUCGACAUCUUCAACCACUUGGCAUGUUACUAUCGCCGAGUGGGCAAGCUCCGCGCGGCCUACGACUACCUAAAGAAGGCCAUCGCGGUAGACCAGCGGCUGCAUCCACCAUGCAAGACCAAGGCCGCCGAGACCAGGCUGAAUGCGUGUGCAAUUCUAUCGCAGCUCGGCCGCCACGACAAGGCACUCUCGCUCGCUCAGACAGCGCUCAUUUUGCUCCAAGGCCAAGCGAUGGAUGCCGCGUCCUGUGGAGAGGGUGGGGUGACCGCUGUUGCGUCCGACAUCUUUGAGGCGCAGGCCGUGGCGCACCACAAUAUCGCCGUCGAGGAAGAGUUCCUCGGGAAGACAUUGCAGAGUUUGCAUUCAUAUCGGCGAGCAGCGUUGUUGGCGGCUACCCAUUGUGGCGCCUCACAUCCGUUGACGAUGGAGCUAACCAAAUCGCUGGACGCGGCGGAAGCAGCGCUGGCUCAGAAGAAGACCCAAAAGAUGUUCAAGAACGGUCGAGACAUCAAAGCCAAGGCGGUGUACGGACACACCCCAGUCGGAAAAGCGCAAAGUCCAACGAAAUCGCAGCCGUUCGUUCCAAAAGCCACCAGAACGGCGUACGGAGUAAAAAGCACAUCGCCGUCGUCCACGCAAGUGCUGCAGGACGAGCUAUUGCCAACAAAGAUCAUAAACAUGGCGCAAUUUGAAGAUGCCGCUUUGACCGACAACUUUGACGUCAACUCAGUUUAUGAAGGUGCCGUGUACAAGGAGGCGCGGGGACAAGACGAAGCGGCGACAUCCGACGUUGGCAUGGCGGGCCAGAACAUCGUGAUGCUUCUAACCCCUCGGCGGGAAGCUCCCGACGAAAACGUGGAUGGUUCUGCGUCGGACACAACAGAUGUGCGCGACGCAACCGAGUCCACGGGACGUCAAGAUGAAAAAGCCGCCACGAGUGAGCGCGACGAUAGUCCUGAAGGCGCCAAACAAUGCGUCGACGCUAGGGAUACGUGUGGUGCUGGUACCGACGGGGGUGUCGAUCUAGGUGAAAUUGUGCCACCGAACGACAUGCCAGAAGAUGUCGGAGAUGAUCUCGACAAAGCGCAAGCGAAGGAAAACGACAUGCAGGACGAGCUGUUGGCAGCAUCGAAAGCUCUCGACGCAGACGAAAGUGACUACCGACCAGAUCACGACGAUGCAGGAGACGACAGUGACCACCAACAUGACGACGGGGUCGGCGAUCCCGGGAAUGAUCUCUCGGACGAUGAAACCAAACUUGACAACGACAAGCAAGGGGAUGGUCGAGAUGAUGCAAAGAGCGAUAUUUCUCAAGAGGACGACGCGUAAUUCAAUAAACACUUGAAUGAUCGCCACGGUCCGCGCGUCCGUGUGUGCGUGA